AAAAGCAGGACCACUCCUUUCACGGCGCACUGUAAGUCUGGUGACGAUCACUCAACUCCUUAGCCGGACAGGGGUGUGUGCUGCCUGGUGUGAAUGCGAGGAUGGCGACGCUUGUGGAGUCCGCAGAUAUUGAGACUUUAAGCAACUCGAGUAACGUCAUGGCAUCCCCGAUGUCCGCGAGUCUCUCGCACCGUUUUGUUGACAACAAAUUUUACCUGCUUGUGGUUAUUGGGGAAAUGGUCACGGAGGAUCACUUGAAGUGUGCCAUUGCCGAUAUAGAAAAAGGGAUUCGCUCAUGGGACACCAACCUCAUCGACUGUAACCUAGACCAAGAACUCAAGCUCUUUGUCUCCAGACAUUCAGCCCGUUUCUCUGCAGACGUACGAGGGCAGAGAAUUCUUCACCACAAAAGCAGCGUUCUCGAGACAGUAGUUCUUAUCAACCCUUCAGAUGCAGCUGUCAGCACUGAGGUUUGUCAAAUGAUCUCAGACACAGCCAGACACAAGCUGCUGGUGCUUUCAGGACAAUGCUUUGAAGACACAGGAGAGCUGAUUCUGCAGUCCGGCUCAUUCUCUUUCUUAAACUUCAUAGAUAUAUUCACAGACCCCGAGAUUGGUGAAUUGCUCAUCACUAUUCACCCAGCAAACAAAGCAAGCCUAGCCCUCUACUGCCCUGAGCAAGGCGACUGGAAAAAUUCAAACCUGGACAAACACAACCUACAAGAUUUCAUCAACAUGAAGCUCAACUCACCCUUGAUACUCCCAGAGAUGGAAGGUCUCUCAGAGUUCACAGAAUACCUGUCGGAGUCAGUAGAAAUCCCAUCGCCAUUUGACAUGUUGGAGCCACCAACCUCUGGUGGUUUCCUGAAGCUCUCAAAACCAUGCUGCUACAUCUUCCCCGGCGGCCGCGGCGACUCAGCCCUCUUUGCGGUGAACGGGUUCAACAUGCUUAUCAACGGGGGCUCCGACCGUAAGUCCUGCUUCUGGAAGCUGGUGAGACACCUAGACCGGGUAGACUCCAUCCUCCUGACCCACAUCGGGGAUGACAACCUGCCUGGCAUCAACAGCAUGCUCCAGAGGAAGAUGGCUGAGCUGGAGGAAGAGCAGUCCCAUGGAUCCCAAGCUACCGGCGACUGGGUGAAGAACCUCAUAUCCCCAGACAUUGGAGUUGUGUUCUUGAACAUUCCUGAGAAUAUAGGGAAGCCUGCUGAACCCAACUUCAGGGUGAGGAGAAACAUUGAAGAGGUGGCACAAACUCUCCAUUACCUGAGCAAGCUGAAUCUGAGGCCCGAGCCUCUGCAGAGGCCGGUCGGGAACACAAUCGAACCCAUCAUUCUGUUUCAGAAGAUGGGUGUGGGGAAGCUUGAGAUGUAUGUGCUUAGCCCAUCAAAUACCAGCAAGGACCUGCAGCACUUUAUGAAGCAGUGGACAGGUAGUGAGAAAGACAAAGCCUCUGUUCUUCUGCCCAAUGGAAAAGAAUCAGAGCUCCCAAUCUCUUACAUGACCUCAAUAUCUUCAUUGAUCGUGUGGCACCCAUCAAACCCUUCAGAGAAGAUAGUGCGAGUUCUUUUCCCUGGAAAUGCCACUCAGUAUCACAUUCUUGAAGGUUUGGAAAAACUAAAACACUUGGACUUUUUGAAGCAACCAGUUGUCACUCAGAAAGAGCUAUCUUCUAACUUGGCUCCAGCCUUGAAGCAGGCAAAGUUGAAACAUAAAACUGACAGCAGGGAGAGUCUGAAGUCAGUCUCAAGGCCAUCACCAAGCAAAAGUUUCAAGAAGGAGUCAAAGGAGGAAGCUCCAGAGAAGGCAAAGACAGACGCAGAAUCAGCUCGAGAAAAGAUCCAAAAAUUUGAGAAAAAAGAGAAACCUUUGGUGAAAAAGGAGAAAGCGAAGGCACCGGAAAAAGAAGUGAAGGCUAAAGCAGAGCCGACACAUGAAACUCCAGAAAAGAAGAAACCUGAAAUUAAACCAAAAGCUCUUAAGGAGAAGAUUAUCAAGAAAGAACCCAGGAAGUCUGUAGAAAAGAAAAAUGAUGAAAAGGAGGUAAACAAAGAAGUAGCGAAGGAAGAUGAGAAGCUAACAUCUAAAAAGGAGGAAACACCCAAAAAGGAACAGAAACAAGAAACACCCAAAAAGGAACAGAAGGUAAACAAAGAAGAGGUAAAGAAACACAUUUUAAAGAAAGACAAAGAUUUCAGGAGAGAUUCCCCAAUGAAGGUAAGGAAGGAAGAGAAAAAGGAGCAAAAGAAAGAAGAUCUAAAGAAAGACAUAAAGAAGCCAUCCAAGGAUGUAAAAAAUGCUUCAUCUGCAUUAGGUGAAGGGAAAAAACUUGCACCAAAACCAAAACCUCUGAAAAAAGAUGACACUACAAAGAAAGACUUUGGAAGCCCUUUUAAGUCCAAGGGGAAACCAAAGGUCACCAAGAAGGACACCAAAGCCACGGAUGCUAAAUCUGCUGCUGCAGGAGCUGCAGCUGUCACAGCAGGAGUGGUAGCUGCCACUUGUGCUGCGGAGGUCCUUGAGACAGAAAGAGCCACAAUGUCUUCUCCAGAGGACCUCACCAAGGACUUUGAGGAGCUCAAAGAAGAGGAGAUCGUUCAGGAGGAAGAGCCGGUGGUGGUCCACAGAGAGGCCCUCCUGCACUCUAAGGAGUCUCCUGAAGCAGAAGAGUCUCUGGAUGAGGGGAUCACAACCACUGAGCAUGAAGGAGAAAGCAGGGAGACCCCAGAGGAACAGGAGCAUAAAGGCAAGUUGAGUGGCAGCGGCAGUGAGAAGUUUGAAGAUGAGGGAACUGGGCUAGAUUAUGAAAAGAAGGGAGAGACAGAAGAGGUCCAUGAGCCAAUGAGAAGGGAAAUGGACAAGCAUGCUGAGGAUAGUGAAGACAAGGACUCUGAGGAUGAGGGUGCGGAUGCAGACCAAUAUGUAAGAGAUCAUAACAGAAAUGAAAGAGAAGUACAGAAGCUGGGUCUGUCUGUGACACACCCUCACAUAACAUCUGAGCCUCUCUCUCCGGCUGCAUCUAUUCAUGAUGAGACCCUUCCAGCUGGCUCCGACGACGACGAAAUAGCCUCAGAUGAUGAGAACCGAGACGAGGCAUACACUGCUACAUCUGGCCACACCCAGUCAACUAUUGAGAUCUCCAGUGUGCCUACUCCAAUGGAUGAAAUGUCCACUCCAAGGGACAUUAUGAGUGAUGAAACCACUAACGAUGAGACAGAGGAUUCUCCCUCUCAGGACAUGGCCAGGUUUGGAGGAACCACGUUAGGAGACUUUGAGAGGAAGAGGCUGUCUCCGCUACAGGACGGCCCAGAGUCAGACCAUUCAAAGAGUAAUGCCACUGAAGGCAGGGACUACCACGCUUCUGCGUCCACAAUAUCUCCACCAUCGUCACUGGAAGAGGACAAAGAGGAAGGAUUCAAGUCAGACAAAUUUGGUCUUGAUUCGGCAAGACUCAGCUCUGCACUCUCCACUACUUCUCCUCUCAUACGCUCCCCUUCAGCUCCUAAAGGAACCUUUGACUCAUACCCCUCUGGAUUCGCUGUACCAAUUGAGCUGUGCACAACACUUUCAGGAUCAUCAAAGGCAGCAGCAGGGUCUUCCACCAGCCCCGAUGACAAGACAUUGGAAGGAACCACCUCACCUCAUUCCUCUGGUCACACACCUUACUUUCAGUCUCCUGUGGAUGAGAAGUAUGGCUCUAUACCACCUGCAAAUGACCAUGGUCCUGUAAUCGUAGAGGUUACGGGUGACAAAGAGGAUUCCAUCAGGGUCAGCCCCAUGGAUGACCCAAUUCCAGACCACACCUCACCUGUAGAGAAGGUGCUCUCCCCAAUGAGGAGCCCACCACCAGUAAGAGGAAAGACACACUUUGAUUUAGAUCAAAUGUUAACAAUACACUUGAGUCAAGAUGAGAAGAAAAAUGGAGCUAGAGACAGUAACUCAGUCUCAUCCACAAACCCCUUCGCAGGUUUCAAAGAGGAGAGUAAAAUGUCGAUCUCAGAGGGAACCACGUCUGAUAAAUCGGGCAGCCCUGUUGAUGAGGCUGUAGCAGAGGACACUUUUUCACACGUCGCCUCGGCUUCCACCACCUCACUGGCCACCAGCUCAUUCCCAGAGCCUACGACAGAUGACGUUUCCCCUGCUCUCCACGCUGAAGCCGGCUCCCCUCAAUCAACGGAGGUGGAGGACUCCUUGUCUGUCUCUGUGGUUCAGACUCCAACCCCCUUCCAGGAGGCAGAGAUCUCUCCCAAGGGGGACAGCCCCAGGCCCAUGUCAAUCUCUCCAGACAUCUCACCAAAGACGGCCAAAUCAAAGACACUAGUACAGGAGCCCAAAUCCCCGGAACAUUCGACUAUGUCAUUUGGUCAGGAGUCCCCUGACCACUCAUUAGCCCUGGACUUCAACAAACAGUCUCCAGAGCACACCUAUGCAGGCAGCUUGCGCGCCACGGAGAAUGGGCCGACAGAGGUGGACUACAGCCCGUCAGAGGACAAUGAUUUGAGACCCGCUGAGCAGUGCCCACCCACUAUGGACAAGCCUAUGCUCUUCAAAGAGAAUGACUCAAGUCACGCCACCUCUGUGUCCCCUUCAGAUGCAUCCCAAUCCACCCCCUCGACCACUACACCUUGUCAGAUGAGGGAAAUGUCACCUGUCUUAGCCCAGCAGAUGGACAAAUCCCCUGCCAUCCCCUCUUCAUCCUCCUAUGUUUGCUUCACACAGAAAACAGAGAUGUCUCUGGGAGCAGAAACUAAUCCCUUCAAAUGUGGAGAUUCCAAAUCCCCUGUCAGUCCCAAGGUUCCCUCCCCAUCCUACCUUCCACUCUCCUCAAACCUCUCAGACUAUCAGAAGUGUGCAGGUGGCUCCAAGGAUCCAGACUCCUCCAAGAAGAGCCCUUCUUCUGGUUCCAGAACAGAUGUUGACCUAUGCUUGGUGACUUCCUGUGAAUACCGACACCCUAAGACAGAGCUGUCCCCCUCCUUCAUAAACCCCAGUCCCCUGGAGUACUUCAUGAAUGAGGAGAACCCUCUGGAGGAAGAGAAGCCCCUGGCUAAGUCAGAUGGAGGACCUCCACCCCCCAGCAGUAAACUACACGCUAAGCAAUGUGAAGAGACUCCACCAACCUCCAUCAGUGAAUCUGCCCCGUCCCAGACAGAUUCGGAUGUUCCCCCUGGGACUGAGGAGUGCCCUUCAAUUACCGCAGAUGCAAACAUAGACUCUGAGGAUGAUUCUGAGACACUUCCCACUGACAGAACCCUAACGUACAGACACGCAGAUCCUCCUCCCGUGGCCCCCAGGGACUCUGCUCCGUCUCCAGCCCACCCAGAUGUCACCAUGGUGGAUCCGGAGGCCGACAAGCCACCCCCUGACGACAACAACCAGACCAAGGACAAGGACUCAAAGGCAGAGGGAGUUGAAAAAGCUAAGAAGAAGAAGCUCACCAAGACCAAGUCCUCCUCUCCGGCCAGAAAGACUGGGCUCUCAAAAGUAAAGGAUUCAAAAGUAAUAGCCUCUCCCAAAAAGAGUGCAGGAGAAGGGAAAGAUGCCAAAAAUGCCACCAAUACCUCUGCGUCAAGGGGUGUGAAAAGUGCCACAUCAGGUUCAGGUAGUGGAAAGGCGGCAGCGGCAAUGCCCGUACCCAACUGCCCUCCCACAUACAUGGACCUGGUUUACAUCCCAAACCACUGCAGCGCCAAGAAUGUGGAUGCAGAGUUCUUCAAAUGGGUCAGGUCCUCCUACUAUGUAGUCAGUGGCAAUGACCAGACGGCCCGGGAGCCCAGCAAAGCUGUCCUGGACUCACUGCUGGAGGGCAAAGCCACGUGGGGAAACAACAUGCAGGUGACCCUGAUCCCGACCCAUGACUCAGAGGUGAUGAGGGAGUGGUACCAGGAGACUCACGAGAAGCAGCAGGACCUGAACAUAAUGGUGCUGGCCUCCAGCUCCACCGUGGUCAUGCAGGAUGAGUCCUUCCCCGCCUGCAAGAUAGAGCUGUGAACCUGAUCCCGGGCCUCGUUCCGUUCCAAAUGAUGCGUCUCUUCUUCCCUUCAUUUCUCCCUUCACUGGAGUGUGCACUCUAUUGACAUUCCAAGAUGCACUUUCAGAGUGAGGGGACUGAUGGAGGGAAGGGGUCGUAGUAAUUUAGAUUGGAACAACCCUCUGGACUCUCCUGAUCAAAGGAUCUAGUAACCGAGAGAUCUAGUGAUCAAGUGGAUCAUGUUGUUAGUGGUAUCUUUGAGUUGGGGUGAGGGAUGACGUAGACAUAGAGUAUAAACCACGUAAACACGUAAUUUAAACAAAGGCUCUUUAACAACAUUAAUGAACAAUGCAUAGCUUACAUUACAAUUAUGUUUGAGUUUGAAAUGACAACCGCAAAUGUAAUUGUCCACAAUACUCAAACAAACUAUCUCACACAAGUUAGCAUCAGCUUUGUGGAACACCUUGAAUAAGGAAUGAUGUUAUAAUAAUAUCUGGUAUUAAAUAUAUGACCUAAAACCAGUGUGGAGAACAUGAAGAGAAGGUCCCAUCGUAUAUAUUGGUGCUCUUGACGUAGAUGUAUUUAUUCAGAAAACUCUCUUUCCCAUGAGCACCAAUUAUAUAUGUAUCAAGUAACAUAUAGAUAGAAGAAUCCAUGAGAAUACACUUGUUCAUACUGGGGGAAAAAUAGGUCUAACAAUAAUAAAAAAUAGAUAUGAUGAAAUUAAUUUAUCCUCAAGGUUGGGACUACCAAUUUAAAAGUCCAAAUUCUUCUGGUACAUGCUGACAACAUAGAUAUUGGGUGUGAUAGUUUAAUAGGUCAUCAAGCAGUCUCAAUCCACUGAUUACAUCUCUGUCCAUAAAAAUAACUAAUAUAUAAGAUUGAUUUAACCCAGCUGCAUACACCAAAGGAUCGAGGAGAACUCAUUUAAGUUAUUGCCUUAGGAAGUGAAUUGAAUGUAAAAGAUUGAUGCACUGAGGACAAAUAGAAGGCAGCAUAAACUUAAAAUAAAAUAAAACGAGUUUGUCCCCAACUAUCAUAUAUCUGUCUCUAUCUGUAUAGAGCUAGUUUCAUUUGACACUGCAUUGAUGGAGUAUGAAGAAAUACAUAGAGCAAGUUAAAGUUCAACUGCACUGAGGGGCCUGCGGAUCAUGUUAACUGUCUUAUUCCAUUGCGACUAUUUUGAGAACAAUACAAUUCUAGUAAAGAUGUAUCCAUUCGUUGUGUAUCCAUUCUGUUUCCGCAAAAUAUUGUUGAUUGUUUUGCCCAUUAGUUAAUAAUGGGCGUCAUGAUUUUAAACAUUUUAUCUCAGUGUUUUUAAAAGUUGUUAUUUAUUCAUUUUAAACGUAUACAAUUCAGUAUAAAAAUAAUGACCUUCUUGCGGGAGAAUUGUUUAAUGCAAGGUCAAACGUGCAUUACAAAUAAGUAGAACUUGUUGGCCAAAUGUCAAAUAUGUUUCUUGACCAAUUGAAUUUGAAAAGCACUGUUUCAAAAUGAUAUCUGUAACGUUCAGAAAGAUCCAGAAAUGGUCUGCUAACGUUUGUGUUGUACUGAUUUCAAUAGAACUCUAUGUACUGUACUCUCCUGCUCAGUCUGUCCUGCAGCCUUUUGUGUCAACCACAAAUGGAGCCCUAGCGACUGCUUGAAUGUGCCACAAUAUGUUCCGGCUUGUGAAGCGUUCCUAAGCUUAGAAUUAUUUUAUUUUUAUUUUUUUAACACUGUACUAUAAUUAUAUAUAGCUUUGUGGCAGGGUGACUGGCCGAAAGAAAUGUGCAUGAGUAAUGUAAAAUAUAGCAAGUAUUUUUUCUCUUUUUAAGGAUGGGGAAAUCUGCCCUUAACUGCCAAAAUAACAAUGCAAGGCUGUGCUAAUUAAUAUAAGACAUACCCCACUGGGGACAGACGUCGGUUCAACGUCUAGUUUUGAUUUACAUUUGGAUUAGUCGUCCAACUAUUGUGAAUUCAACAUGAAAUCAACAAAAAGUGUUGACAUGAUUAGAUUUAGAUUAAAAGUUGGGUGUAAAAAAGAGUCAAUUCGCUUAUGUUGAUUACUUUUUGCAAAUCCAAUCAGUUUUUCACAUUGAUUCAACGUCAUCACAUUUAAUUUAAUUUUUGAAAUGUUGUGGAAACAAUGUUGAUUCAACCAGUUUUUGCCCAGUGGGAGGUACAUUAAUAGUUGGUUGUCUUUGGGGUGUUGCGUGCUACACCAUUAUGGCAUGGAGUGAAAAGUGAAACAAGCAGCCCCAUCCUCUGACUAUGUUGGCCGUUUUAAGGUCUUUAAAUCUGCUCCAUCAUAGUCCUUGGCCCUGUAGCUACACAAAGAGGACGUAUAGAACCUCGGCCAACCACAGGUCUGUAGAAAAAUAUAUAUGGCAGUACCUCUGCCAAAAUCGCUAUGAGUCAAGUAAAGCGCUGUAUAGACACGCCUUGAGAAGAGUAGAACACGAGGGAGAGUGACUGUUUUGGGUGUGAGUUCCAGGUGUGAAAGACAAAAAAACGAGAGACUUUAAAAGCCAGGACAAAUAAUAAGAAAUGUAACGCGAAGCCAUAAACAGAACAAUAGAAAACUCCAACCGCACACGUCAACCACAAAUGACCGUGCCUAUUUGGAUGCCAUGAACAUACAACCAUCCUUUACUCAGAACGAACGGUCACUGUUAGGUGAAAACUCACAACGUAGACAAAUUAGUACAGUCAACCAACCAGAGGCAGGGACUUAGUUACUGUCUCCAUGGCCACGCAAUUAUCCAGUUGUCCUGUACUACUCUGCAACAGGAACCUUUAACCAUAAACAUGACCAUUCUGCCGUUCAACUACAAACUAUAGUGACCGACCGACCACGCACACCACUCUUUCUUGACCUUUCCUCACGCUACUGCUUUAUUGUAUUCCUUGCUUUCUAUAAUCCCUGUAAUCUCUCUAUCUUUCUCUCUUUUGGAUGAUUGUUAAUACUGUCUGCAGCCUUGUGAUAUAAAAUUGUCUCGUGAUCUCUGCAUCCUCCCUCUCAUUUUCCAAACUCAUACCUAAUGUAGCGGUUAGUUUCAAGUGAAAGUAUUACUUAGUGCUUUUCUGAUAUUUGUGUGCAGUAUCUCCUCUCCCCUCCUAUAGGACAUUUGAUGUAAAGGGCACAACUAUUAAAAAGGAAACCUACAAAAAGAACCACAAUAAACUCAUGUUGUGGAGAAUCAUGAA